CCCGGAUUUUUACCCCAGGUUUUGAAGCUGUAAAACGCUAUACCGAUUCGAGUAAGUAUGAUGUUGCAGCUCGCCAACGGAGCUCAGCGAACCAUAGCUCGAGAGUCACGCGAUGAGCACACCAUCCGUGUCUCGUCAACACCUUACUGUAUCCCACCCCGCCCAAUCAUUACGAAAUCUAGCAGCAUGGAGCUGCAUCAGCUGGUCGCCGAUCCAUAAUGGCUCCUCGUACAUUACGGAACAUCAGAGAAAGCCAGGGGCCCCUCUCUUCUCCCGAAGCCCCUUUUUCCCUCCCCUUCAAAUUGCCCUCACUUCCCCUCUUCCUGCUUUCCUUUCUUGUUUCUCCUCUUCUGUCCUACAGACAUUGGUUUUCUCAACAGUUCCUGUACCUGCGUUCAUCAUCAUCAUUGUCUUUCCUGGCUAGUUUAAGCUAGGUCACAAUAAGCUCCAAUUCGAUAUAUAUAACUACAUUUAUAUCACCUAAUCCAUCAAUUCAUUAUGGCGGAACCUCAACCUCUCACCAGAGUAGACUCGGCCGUCCAAGGUCUCGAGAUUACGUCUCCAACAUCCCCGACAAAGGAAUCUCCGACGAAGGAGAAGAUCUCCCAUCGGAGAACCAGCUCAAGUGCAGCUGGGGUUUCUAGUAUGAAAGACAUGUGGGACACGAGGACGAAACUCCAAAUAGCACCGGAAACGCAGCGGACUGGAUGGAAAAUAAACACAUCUUCUCAUACAGUCGAGGAGAAAGAUAUUCUAAAGAAACCAUUAGUAAUGCCAAUGGUGAGAGCGAUUGACUUAGUAACGGACCUGGGUUCCGUAAUAACGGCGAGAAAUCGCCAAGGCGUCACCAUCAAGGAUGCGUUAGACGCCAUCCAUAAAGCUAAUAAGAAGAGGGCCGAUGAUGAACUUGAUAAACCAUACUUAGAAGGCUUCGAGUGGACCCCUGUACACACUGAAUACAACGAGGAGGAUCCUAAAUCGUUGAAAGAGAUGGAGGAGGAGUGGCAACGGCUCCUAAUACAUCUAUCAUCGACGCCCGGCGUAUCCAACUUCGGUGGCAACAAGAAGAAGAAGAACAAGGCGGCAGCCGAGUAGAGCCCCUUUCCGCUUGUUCAUCCACUUCUCAUCCAAUACUUCCUUGGACACUUGUGCCCUGUCUGUGUUAGGUCGACUCAACCGUAGGGCGUUUUGGAUAUAUUGCGAUAGAUAGUUUGGAUACCAUCGAGGCGUAUCUCGGUUAGGACUGGAUUCCUAAAUCUUGUAUAAUGUAGUCAUUGUAUGACAACUAUAACGGUAGACAAUCUAUUAUUGUUGAUCAUCA